GGCCGCCGCAGGUAGAUCGCUCCUGCUGCUCCUCUCCUCCCGAGGCGGCGGAGGCGCCGGCGGCUGCGGAGCGCUGACUGCAGGCUGCUUCCCCGCGCUGGGCGUCAGCCGCCACCGGCAGCAGCAGCACCACCGGACGGUCUUUCACUACCAUUCCUACAGUGGUUGGCAAGAUAUCGUUUCCACCUCACUCUCCAUGUACCAUGCCAGUGACAUCUUAGCUGCUAGAGUGUGGAGCUGGACUGUGGGAGUCAAGUAUUGGUGAUGUGACCUGUUCACGCAGGGGAAAUUUGAACAUUCUCAGGUGCACCAAAGGCUCUCUUCUUGGCCUAGCGGAGUUGUUUAUUGCAGUACUGUUGUGCCCUCUGAUGGCAUAGCAACCAUUGAAGGAGCAUCCUGCAAAUUUACAAGGACACCUGAAGUUGAAGAAACCUCAGAUGAACCAUUUGAAACUCCUAGGAUCCCCUGUAUUUAAUCAGUGUAGCUAUUUGCAGUGUUAUCAGAACCUGUCCCAAAACUGUUUAGUUAUUGGAAUACACAGACAGUGUGCUCAUAUUCCCUGAACUUGGAGGAAGUAUCCAUUUUUGAUUACUCAUUUGUAGUAUGGAAAGGUUAAAAGGAAAAAUAGGCCAGAAUCAAAAGAAUGAAAAAUGGUAGCUGGCUUUCUUUUUCCUAUCUCUUAGAGACAUAGAGAGUUGAUAAAGUGAUAUUAGUAUAUAAAUUAAAAAGCAGUAGGUGGGUAUCACUCUUGCCCUUAGAACUGUCUUGGCCCAUUAAACAGCCAAAUGGGGGCUGUCCACAUCUAUACCAGCACCACUUCAAGGUCUUAUUACUGUCCUCCAUUGCCACUGCAGGAUUACAUCAUUGGAUAGUUUCAAUAAAGAGAGAAUUUCUCCAAUAUAAAAAUAUUGUUCAUAGUGCUAAAUCCUCUCAGCUUUUGCUGAACUAGCAGCAAUUCAUUUAAAAAUUUCUUAUUUUUAUAAUGUUGUCAAAAACUGUUAAAUAUUCAGUGUCAGUAUUUAUAUAUAUUCAUUAAGUUAUAUAUAUUCAGUGGCAACUAAGUCACACUACAACAGGACACUUGUGCCAGUAGUUGUUAUUACAUUCAGUGGCAAAUAAUUUGAACUAAUGAAUUCAUACUGAAAUUUUUAUUAUGAAUUUUACCAUGUAAUACAGUUACUAUUAUCCUAAUAACAAUCUGUAUAGAAGCCUUUCAGUAAUGUAACAAUGUACAGUUUUACUGGGGUAUCUGGCUGAAUGUUAUCCCAGGACAAAAAUGCUAGUAUGUUGCCUCUAUGUUGUGUGAGGGUUUGAAGACAAUAUUUUUACAGAGGUAAAAGGAUACAUACUUAAAAAAGAAAAAAAAGAAAGAGAUGCUCCCAAAAUUCCUACCAAUACUAUUGCCCUUCUUAAGAAAAUCAACUCGUGUUCAUUAUCAAGAAACAGAAGCAGAAAAUGAUUUGAUUUAAUGCAACUCAGUGUCCUCACUACUCCCAAAUUAUAUACCUUUCUUAUGUUGUACUUCUAAAUUAAUCUUACCUUAGGCUGGUAUAGCAUAUAUGAAAACUCUGCUUAAUACACAGCUGCUUCAACAGAAUUUAGCCACCAGUAGUAAACAUCUCUACCAUCAUUCAUUGCUUCUUGUUAUGACUACUGGGUCAUAUUCUAUAGCAAGUGAGAGCUUGACCCUUUUUUUUUAAAUACAAAAUCUAAAAUACCACAUUAUAUAAUUGUGAUAUUUACAUACCUAGUAUAUAAUAUAUAUACCUAAUAUAUACUGCCUCUCGAUACUUGCUUGUUAGUUUUGUUGUUUGACAAAAUCUUCUAGAGGGCUUCCCUGGUGGCGCAGUGGUUGAGAGUCCGCCUGCCGAUGCAGGGGACAUGGGUUCAUGCCCCGGUCCGGGAGGAUCCCACAUGCCGCGGAGCGGCUGGGCCCGUGAGCCGUGGCCGCUGAGCCUGCGCGUCCGGAGCCUGUGCUCCGCAACGGGAGAGGCCACAACGGUGAGAGGCCCGCGUACCGCAAAAAAAAAAAAAAAAAAAAAAAUCUUCUAGAUAUGACUGAUAUCCGAUAUGUAAAAUAUAUAGGUUAUCUUAAAAGUUUAACCUCCCUACCAAAGCAAUCUAAAAGGUUCUUAAUUUUUCUUGUGUCAUAAAUAUUUUUGAGGAUCUGGUGAAAGCUCUAUAGAUUCUCUCGAAAAAAUAUUUUUAUAUACACAUAGGAAAUGUUAUAUAUAAUUUCUUAAUGAUACAGGCUCUCAAACCAGCUCAUGGAAUCCCUAGUCUCAUGAACGUCAACUCAAGAACUGCUUUGGCUACACUGCACACAGGUGCACAUGCACAUCCCUGUACCCAAGCCCUUGUUCCCUUUCAUGAGAGGCAUUAGGCUUAGAGGUUAAGUGUCAAGCUUUGGAAUCAAGGUUUGCAUCCCAAUUCCACAACUUAACCACCUUUUAACCUUAGGCAAAGUAAUGAACUUCUUAAAACCUCCUUCCUCAUGUGUGAAACGGAGAUAGUAAUAAUUACCACCUCCAAGAGAAAAAUGUACUUUGCCUACAGAAAUAGUACUUACCCAUCAGAAGCUCUUAUUCUUUUCUUUUUAUAUAUAUAUAUAUAUAUAUAUUUAUUUUAUUUAUUUAUUUGGUUGUACCGGGUCUUAGUUGCAGUAGGCGGGCUUCUUAGUUGCAGCUUGCUGACUCCUUUAGUUGCAGCACAUGUGCUUCUUAGUUGCAGCACGUGGGCUCCUUAGUUGAGGCCGGUGGGCUCCUUAGUUGCAGCUCACCGGCUCUUUUAGUUGUGGCACGUGUGCUCCUUAGUUGCGGCUCGUGGGCUCCUUAGUUGUGGCAUGCAAACUCUUAGUUGCGAUAUGCAUGUGGAAUCUAGUUCCCUGAGCAGGGAUCAAACCCAGGCCCCCUGCAUUGGGAGCUCGGAGUCUUAACCGCAGCUCUACCAGGGAAGUUCCCAGAAACUCUUAUUCUAUAAAAAGUGCUGUGGUAGUGUUAAAGACCCCUAAUCAAAAAAAUGUGGUUUGGGGCUUCUUGUUUUAAUUUUUCUGUGCCCCAUAUCCUCACUUGUAAAAUGACUAACUGAAAUUUUUAUGAUUGUAUGGCUUGUAGCUUAUUUAAGGUCUUUCAAAUCUUUCAGGAGUUCCCCUUCAUGGUAAUGAAAAUUAAGGAUUAAUGUUGAAAGUAAUUCUGUUAUAGACAGGUUGACUGUAUUAUUUCUCACUCGACCCAGGACACUUUUGAGAGUAAAAAGAGGACACCCAGAGUUGUCCUGACAAUUUUAAAUAUGGUAAACCAGGACACGUCUUCACUGUAGGUAAGCUAGAGUAAGAGCAAGAAAAAUAGUCUCUCUGGUUGCCUUCAUUUCUCUAUCCAGAAAUGUAAUGUUACUCAAUUAGCCUUGUAUUGGGAAUUGCGGUAGAAAGCUGUGUCUUUUGUGUAGUUAACAAAAAAUGUAAGAUUUCCUUACAAAAAUUGUUUGAGGACAAAUAAUUUUAGCAUUGAACAGUUAUUGAAAUUCCUGUUUAAUAAUAAACAAUCAUCUGUUUAACUAACCCAAAUAUAGAUAAUAUAUAUAAAUUCUUAACCUAAGUAAAGUCUGUGGAUGGUUUGGGGAACUGGAUAUAUGCCCCAGUUUUUCCUUUGGUUUUUGUCCCAUUCCUUUUUUAAAAAACUUUAUUGAUGUAUAUUUUAUAUAUCAUAAAAUUCACCUAUCAUCAUGCAAGCAUAAUAACAAUCCAGCUUUAGACUAUUUCCUUCACCCCUAAAAGUUCUCUUGUUCCUGUUUUGCAGCCAAUCCCUGCUCCUACCCUAAACCUGAGGCAAACACUAGUCUGCUUUUUCUCUCUGUAGUUAAACCUUUUCUAAAAAUGUCAUAUAAAUGACUCAUUCAAUAUGUAGUCUUUUGCAUCUAUCUUCUUCUACAUAUCCUGUAUGGAUAUAUGUUUUCAUAUCUCUUGGGUAGAUGCUCAGGAGUAGAAUGACUGAGUCAUACGGUAAGUAUGUGCGUAAUAUUUUUUAAUUGAAGUACAGUUGAUUUAUAAUGUUUCAGGUGUACAACAAAGUGAUUCAGUUUACACACAUAUAUAUAUUCUUUUUCAGAUUUUUUUCCCAUUAUAUAUUAUUACAAGAUAUUUAAUAUAGUUCCCUGUGCUAUACAGUAGGUCCUUGUUUUUUAACUAUUUUAUAUACAAUAGUGUGUAUAUCUUAAUACCAAAUUCCCAAUUUAUCCUUACCCCCCUUUUCCUUUGGGUAACCAUAAGUUUGUUCUCUAUGUCUGUGAGUCUAUUUCUGUUUUGUAAAUAAGUUCAUUUGUAUUUUUUUUUUAGAUUGCACAUAUGAAUGAUAUCAUAUAAUAUUUGUCUCUCUGUCUGACUUACUUCACUUAGUAUGAUAAUCUCUAGGUCCAUCCAUAUUGCUGCAAAUGGCAUUAUUUCCAUUGUAUAUAUAUACCACUUCUUUAUCCAUUCAUCUGUCGAUGAACAUUUAGAUUGGUUCCAUGUCUUGGCUAUUGUAAAUAGUGCUGCUGUGAACAUUGGGAUGCAUGUAUCUUUUCAAAUUAGACUUUUUGUCUUUUCCAUAUAUAUGCCCAGGAGUGGGAUUGCUGGAUCAUAAGGUAACUCUAUCUUUAGUUUUUUAAGGAAUCUGCAUACUUUUCUCGUAGUGACUACAUCAAUUUACAUUUCCACCAACAGUGUAGGAGGGUUCCCUUUUCUCCACACCCUUUCCAGCAUUUAUUAUUUGUAGACUUUUUGUUGAUGGCCAUUCUGACUGGUGUUAGGUGGUACCUCAUUGUAGUUUUGAUUUGCAUUUCUCUAAUAAUUAGUGAUGUUGAACAUCUUUCCAUGUGCCUCUUGGCCAUCUGUAUGUCUCCUUUGGAGAAAUGUCUAUUUAGGUCUUCUGCCCAUUUUUUUUAUUGGGUUGGGUUUUUUUUAGUAUUGAGCUGUACAAACUGUAUAUUUUGGAAAGUAAGCCCUUGUCAGUCAAUUCAUUUGCAAAUAUUUUCUCCCAUUCUGUAUGUUAUCUUUUCAUUUUGUUUAUGGUUUCCUUUGCUGUGCAAAACCUUUUAAGUUUAAUUAGGUCCCAUUUGUUUAUUUUUGCUUUUGUUUCUAUUACUCUAGGAGACAGAGCCAAAAAUUAUUGCUGUGAUUUAUGUCAAAGAGUGUUCUGCUUAUGUUUACCUCUAGGAGUUUUAUAGUAUCCAGUCUCACAUUUAGGUUUUUAAUCCAUUUUUAGUUUAUUUUUGUAUAUGGUGUUGGAGAAUCUUCUGAUUUCAUUCUUUUACAUGUAGCUGCCCAGUUUUCCCAGCAUCACUUAUUGAAGAGACUUUCUUUUCUCCAUUGUAUUCUUGCCUCCUUUUUUUUUUUUUUUUUUGCGGUACACGGGCCUCUCACUGUUGUGGCCUCUCCCGUUGUGGAGCACAGGCUCCGGACACACAGGCUCAGCGGCCAUGGCUCACGGGCCCAGCCACUCCACGGCAUGUGGGAUCUUCCUGGACUGGGGCACGAACCCGUGUCCCCUGCAUCGGCAGGCAGACUCUCAACCACUGCGCCACCAGAGAAGCCCUUGCCUCCUUUGUCAUAGAUUAAUUGACUAUGUGACAGUGGUGUAUCAAAAUGGGUUACCUGUGAUAUCUGUGAGGCUACCAUCCCGGCGUGAACGCUGCCAGUUCACACUCAAACCUAUCUCAGACUCUGUUGGUGUGUUUUUACGACAACUACAAGAAGAGGAUCGGGGAAUUGACAGAGUUGCAAUCUAUUCACCAGAUGGCGUUCGAGUUGCUGCCUCAACAGGAAUAGACCUCCUCCUCCUUGACGACUUUAAACUGGUCAUUAAUGACUUAACGUAUCAUGUACGACCACCAAAGAGAGACCUCUUAAGCUAUGAAAACGCAGCAACACUGAACGAUGUAAAGACACUGGUCCAGCAGUUAUACACUACUUUGUGCAUCGAGCAGCACCAGUUAAACAAGGAAAGGGAGCUUAUCGAAAGAUUAGAAGAUCUCAAAGAACAACUGGCGCCCCUGGAAAAGGUACGAAUUGAGAUUAGCAGAAAAGCUGAGAAGAGGACCACUUUGGUGCUAUGGGGUGGACUUGCCUACAUGGCCACACAGUUUGGCAUUUUGGCCCGGCUUACCUGGUGGGAAUAUUCCUGGGACAUCAUGGAGCCAGUUACCUACUUCAUCACUUAUGGAAGUGCCAUGGCAAUGUAUGCAUAUUUUGUAAUGACACGCCAGGAAUAUGUUUAUCCAGAAGCCAGAGACAGACAAUACUUAUUAUUUUUCCAUAAAGGAGCCAAAAAGUCACGUUUUGACCUAGAGAAAUACAAUCAACUCAAAGAUGCAAUUGCUCAGGCAGAAAUGGACCUUAAGAGACUGAGAGACCCAUUACAAGUGCAUCUGCCCCUCCGACAGAUUGAUGACAUCACACUUGAAGAGUCAAAGGAAUCUGUGUCUACUAUCCUGCUUUUAACUACUGCGGGGGCAGGAUGGAAAGGAUGUUGGGGCUUGCCGCACAGCUGAUUGAUUGGCUUUUUUCUUUCACAUGAUUGAUCCCUCUUCAUUGUGGCAAGGGGUUUCUUUCUCUUUUUCUUCCUCCUUUGGGAUCAUUGUGUAUGAAGAGAAACACUUUAAACGACAAACCCAGACUGCAGGUGCCUUGCAGAGGUUGAAGGCCAGCCAGGAUUGCUGCUGCUGCUCCAGCCACCACCCCUUCCACUGGCAUGACGGAAUGAAAGGAUGCAUGUCUCCACUUCUCAUCCCUCCUCCCACUUCCUUCCCCACCCGCCCCCCCAGUCGUUCAACCCCCUUCCCUCAUUUAUUUCUGUUAAGUUGUGUGAAUUAUUUUUAAACCAUUUAUCCUGUUUGUACGUGGGGUUUUUAAGAAGAAACAGCACAGUGCAAUGAGCAAAUCCUUUCAGGGUGUGUGGGAGGCAAGGGGAGGGAGAACGUGGAGAAAAGUCCUUUAAACAAAUAGCAAAAUAUUGAACAUGUGUAAAAUCCUGUAUCAUUUAUGAAAUAUGUAUAAAAAGCAAUGUACCUUCUGGAACAAUAAAUACUUAUUCAAUUUUUGAA